UGGUCACACCGGGCCAAUUAACCAAAACAAAUUGUGCAGUUUGUGUCAAUUUGUGUUUUGUUAUUAAAUAAUAAUUAUAAAUUAAACCAGUCAUUAGACUAUAAAACACUAAUAAUAGUUUACAUACGCCAAAAUGCCUUCUUAUGAAUUAUCGCUGGUUCUGCGACAACUUCCUCGACCGGAAUUGAUAUCUGUCAUCAAGCGAACAGCUGAGUCGAUCUUCAACAAAGGUGGAAUUAUCAGAAAAUUGGAAAAUCUCGGAGCCCGUCCCUUGCCACACAAAGUAAGCGAACAUGGCGUGGUGCACAAGGAGGGAACGUAUUUCAGCAUUUUCUUCGACACGGCGCCCACAAAGAUAUUGGAUCUGAAAGAGGAGUUUGGUCGUGACAUCGAUAUCAUACGCCGCAACAUUUACAAGGUGGAAGAAUCAGCCGAGUUCAAGUGCACGCUACACGAUGAGAUGCUACCACCCGCCUACCGCAAGGAUGUGCAAGAGAUCAUCGACAUUGCGAAGAGGAAACACAAGCCCAAAUAUAACUACAACUCUGGUCUAGACUAUUAUCCCUUCCAGAAGUAGUGAUACAACAAACGUAAUUAAAGCUUUUAUUAAAUAUGUUGCAUAAAUUGGCUCUGUAGUUCUUUUCUUCUAUAAAAGCGAAUUGUUACACCAAACA